CAGACGGCUGGGCGCAGAAGCUUGUUUGGGAUGCAGCGGUUAGUGUGUGCUAGAGUCCUGCUGCAGAUCAGUGGUGCGUCCUGCAGCCGUCCCGCACAGAUGCUGGCUCCCGCGGCCCGCGGCUGCUGGACACGCCUGCGCCCCGGCCCGCGGUGGCUCUGCUCUCCGGCCUCUCAGAGGAACAGCAGCAGAGAUCGUCCAGGGCAGGAGGAUCCAGACCCUCUGCAGGACAAAUCCAGCGGCCUCAUUCAGAGAUUCAAGAAAACCUUCAAGCAGUACGGCAAAGUCAUGAUCCCUGUGCACCUGCUGACCUCUACAGUGUGGUUUGGCACUUUUUACUACGCUGCAAUGAAAGGAGUCAAUCUGGUGCCAUUUCUUGAGUAUGUUGGGUUUCCUGACAAGGUGGUGAAACUCCUGGAGAAUUCUCAGAGCGGCUACGCACUGACCGCUUACGCCAUGUACAAGGUGGGCUAACAUUUUUUGUGAAUUAAAGGUGCAAUAU